CAACAACAACAAAUUGUUGAUCAAGAAAAAUCAAAUGAAACGGGAUAUUUUUCAGAUUUAUGGAAUACAUUAACAACAGUGAAUCGUACAUCAACAUGUCCAGGUGAAUGUGUUCAUGCUAUAACAUCAAUAUUUUGUGAUAAUGUUUUAGAAGAUAUAUCUUGUGGUGGACAAUUAUCAAGAUGUUGUAUAUCGAAUAGUCAAUAUUAUCAGAUUUAUGGCCAUUUACCAACAUCAUCAUCAUCAUCAUCAUCGAUGGAAAACGCUGAUAAUUUUGAAUCAACCGAACAGCCACUUUUACCAUCAACAUCAGCAUCAACAACCAUAACCGAAAUGUUUAGCGUUAUAUCGAAUAAUCAUCAUUUAACAACCGCAAAUCGAUUCAACAAUCAAAAUCAAGAAACAUCGACAGCAAUGACUCAAGAACCAUCAAAUGCAAAUAGAGAUGAUUAUAUGGAACAAAAUUCAAGUAUCAAAACAAAUCCAUGUCCAGUAAAAUGUAUAUCAUUACAGAAUACAUUUUGUAUGCGUCCAUUACAUGAUUCAUAUUGUACGAAUCCAAAUGAAGAAUGUUGUUUAGAAAUUGAAUCAACAUUAGAUACAAUGACAAAAAAUUUUAUUAAAUUAGUACAACAAACAGUUGCUAUGAAUCAAACGAAAAAUAUUGGUGCAGAAUUUCAUUCAUCAACACCACCAUCGUCUGCGAUCAUGACACCAUCAACGACUUCGACAACCUCGACGACAACAACACAAUCAUCAUUACCACAAUGUGAUGGAACAUGUGUUGUACCAUUAUUUCAUAUGUUAUGUGAUGAAAUUGAUCAUAAUCAAUAUUGUUCAAAUGGUUAUUGUUGUGUAAAUCGUGAAUAUAAUACAACACCAUUACCAUUAUCAUCAUCAUUACCACCACCAUUAAUAAUUUCAAUAUGUGAUGGUACUUGUUUACCGAUUAUUCUAAGUGGAAUGUGUACAAAACCAUCCGAAUUAGUAUUGAAAACAUUAGAUUGUGGUCAAGGUACUAUUUGUUGUGCACGUGGUAAAUCGAUUGAUCAAGAUAAUAAUGGUGAUACAAGACCAUUUCAUAAUCAACAACAACAAAAUCCAAUUAUAUCUGGUUUACAAAAUUAUCCACAACCACCACCACGUAUACAAUUACCAUUUUCAAUAAGAAAAAAUAAUAAUCAACAACAACCACCAUCGAUUACCAUCGAUACCGGUAAUAAUCAGAAUAAUAAUAAUAAAGUUCAUUUUCGUCCAUCAGAUAAUUUACCAUCAUCAUCAUAUUCAUCAAAUGAUGAUCAAUCAUCAUCGACAUCAUUGAUUAAUGAACAUAAUUUUGUUGUUUGCCCUGGGAAAUGUAUAAAUUCAAUGUUUAAAUUCACUUGUUUAGGUGGUCAUUCAAUUAGUAAACAUUUUAAAUGUUCAAAAGGACAAAUAUGUUGUGCUUCAAAUACGGAUAUUGAAAAAUUGGAAUUAUUUUUACUUAAUACAAAAAUGGUUCAACAACAACAGCAGCACCAGCAACAACAGCAAAUUCCACCUCCGCCACCACCACCACCAAUGGUACAACCGAAUCAACAAUCACCAAUCUUACAAUCAUCAUCAUCAUCGAAUGAUAAACCAAUAGCCGUUUCAAUUCCAUCACCGCCAAUGAUAAAACCAAUAAUCAAAACACAUCAACCAAUUCCAAUGUCACAGCCAUCAUUAUCAUCAAAUAAUGAAAAUAUUCUAGAUCUUCCAUCACAACAACAACAACAACAAUCAACAUCCAUACCACAUCAAUGUGGUAAAAAAGGAUCAAAACGUAGUCAACGUGUUGUUGGUGGUAGUGAUUCAUAUCCAGGUGAAUGGUGUUGGCAAAUAGCAUUAGUAAAUCAACAAAAUAAAUAUAUUUGUGGUGGUGUAUUAAUUGGAAAACAAUGGGCAUUAACAGCAGCACAUUGUGUUACAAAUUAUUUAAGAAAAAAUGAACCAAUUUUUAUUCGUGCUGGUGAAUAUGAUUUAACACGUAAUAAUCGUUUUGGACAAAUGCAAAAAAUACAAACAAUUUUUGUUCAUCAUAAUCAUAAUGGACAAUCAUUGGAUAAUGAUAUUGCCCUGAUGAAAUUAUUAUCACCAAUCGAAUUGAAUCCAAAUACAUGUUUAGUUUGUCUGCCAACAUGGAAUACAAAUCGUACGAUACAGGAUAAAUUAUGUACAGUUACUGGUUAUGGUUUUCAACAUGAAUCUGGACCAAUUGCCCUUCGUAUACGUGAAGCAUUAAUACCGAUUGUCAAUGAUCAAGAUUGUAUAAUGAAAAUAAAUUCUGUUACGGAAAAACAAUUUCUAUUACCAGCAAGUAGUUUUUGUGCUGGUGGUGGCCAUGGUGGUAAUGAUGCAUGUCAAGGUGAUGGUGGUUCUGGUUUAGUUUGUAAUUGGAAUGAUGAUUAUUUUGAAUUAACCGGUUUAGUAUCAUGGGGUUUUGGUUGUGGUCGUAAUGGUGUACCUGGGGUUUAUGUUAAAGUAUUAUCAUUUUUAGGUUGGAUUAAUCAAAUUGUUAGUACAAAUCCAUGAAACAAAACACAAAAAACAUAACAAACCCACCAUUGAUUCAUUUGUAAAAUUAACAUUUU